UCCAUAGGUUCUGUAGAGGGCGGUAGUCGAUAACUUCGCUGCAUAAAUCCCAGGCGAAGAAGAGCCGCGUUUCCGCUUUCCUCGCCGUUUCCAAAGUUUCCUAAUGUGCCUCAUUGCACGUGUUUGAUUCCCUACGAAAAGCUCGAUUAGAGCGCUUUAUCCAACGAUUAUUUCACCCUGUUAUAAUGCGAAGUGACGGCUGACCGAAGACGACAGAAACCAACCAGGAGCGUAAAAUCGAGCCGCCCGAGCACCGCAGGGCCGGGCGGACGUCGACCGACAAUCGAACCCCGACGUCGUCCGCUUGGCUUUCCCAGCGACCUCGGCGACGACAUGGACGCGUUGCACCACCGCGGAAACGAUUCUCCGCCGCCGCCGCCGCUGCUGCUGCUGCCGUCCCUGCGUCUCUUCAUCCCGCCCUUGCGGCUGGUGUCGGCCGCCAUGUGGCAGGUGGUGCAGCGGGGCGACGUGCGGGACUACGGCACAGUGGAGGAGUUCGUCGGCGCCAUCGCGGACCUUGUGCCCGAAGUCUUGAAUCCCGACCAGAAGGCUCAGCUGCUGCUGGGUCUCCGUGCCCGGGUGGUUCUGGAGUUGUGUCGAUCCGAGGCGACCCCCGAGAGGGAAACCGUUGACAUGCACUUGAGCCGAAUCCGGGGCCUCAUCUCGACGUGGGCCGCUCAGCCGUGCUUUGCCGAGGUCCAAUUCUCUGAAUCCAGCUUUGUGGAUCAGAUCGAGCUGCUGUUGAAAGACCCCGACGAGAAGGACCGGUUCUUCCAGGAUGUUUUCCCGACCGACUUUGGACCAGAGUAUGACCGCGCUCUUCAGGUGCUCAUGCUGGACUUCGUCUCCAGGCUGGAGAAGCUUCUUCCGGUGCCCGACAUCCAGCAGACGGCCGCCAUGCUGAGCGCCGCCCCGGGCGCCCUGGAUGAGUGUGUCCACUCGGUGCCCGAUCUGCCUCACUUGAAAGCGGCGCUCCUGCACCACGCCGGGCUCGGACAUUUCGAUUUAACCGACGACUCUCAGACCGUCCCGUCCUCCUUCGGGAACUGCAUCCUGUCCUCGCUGGCCCUCCCGCAGCUGGAGAAGGUGGUGAUAGACGCCGACCACAUCCAGCUGCAGCAGCCCACCGAGCAGAUGGCGGGCUGCGUCACCGUGCAGGUGGAGGGCGAGACGGUCACGCUCCUGGACUACAUUCACAUCGAGCCGAUGGAACCCGGCCCUCAGGAGGAGGAAAGGCAGGAAGCGGACGACGACGGGUCGUUGAAACCGGCGCCCUUCCGGCCUCUCAAGCAAAGCAGACGUCUGCAGAUGAAGAGGAAGGCCACCGAGGAGGAAAAGGACGACGACGCCUCCCCGGAGGCGGUCAAACGUCAGAGGAAGAAGCACCCGGGCGACAAGACCUGCCCCGUAUGCGGCAAGAGCUUCCUGCGCGCCGCCGCCAUGCGGCGCCAUCAGGAGACGCACUCGGAGAACCGAAAGCUCAAGUACAAGUGCGCCCACUGCGACAAGCGCUUCCGCGACCAGUACGACCUGAACCGGCACAACAUGCGCGUCCACGAGAGGGACGACGCCAACGCCAACGCGGACGAGGAUGACGCCAACGCGGACGACCGCGCGGCCGAGAACGAGGCUCCGGAAGAGUCUGACGACAAAAACUGCCCCCUGUGCGGGAAGUUCUUUGCGUGGCAGAUGGACAUGGAGCGCCACAUGAUGUCUCACUCGGAGGACCGGCCGUACAAGUGCUCCUUCUGCGAGAAGAGGUUCAAGAACCCUUACGUUCUCAAGCGCCACCAGAAGGAGUUCUGCAAGAGCAAAGAGCUGAAGAGGCCCGCGGCCAAGAGGCGCAAAGAGCAGAGCCCCGAUCCCUGGCCGCCGGCGCCCGUCGAGGGCAAAGCGUGUCCCGUCUGCAGCCGGACUCUGCCGAUCAGCGCCGACAUGGCCAAGCACCUGCGCUCGCACACGGAGGAGCGCCCGUUCAUCUGCGUCAGCUGCGAUAAGGGCUUCAAGUACCGCGACACGCUCAAGAAGCACCAGAUCAUCCUCGGCCACGAGGGCGUCCGCGAGGAGGCCAGCAAGACCGUGGAGGAGAUCCUGGCCGAAGCGGAGAAGAAUCCCGGGGAGGCCGGCGGCGCCUCCGAAGAGCCCGUCGGGCCGGCCGCCGGCUGUCGACAGUCUCGCGGCAAAACCCUCAGAGCGUGCCCCGUGUGCGCGAGGUCCUUCGACAACGUCAAGACGCUGAACCGCCACGUCCAGAGCCACACGGAGGAGCGGCCCUUCCACUGCGUCCACUGCAAGAAGCGCUUCAAGCACCUGCACGGCCUCAAACGCCACCAGAUCUACGCCGUCUGCCACCCCAAGACGGCCCGCCUCUCCUGGAAGAAGAAGGAGGCCAAAGCCGGGCCCAGCGACGGGCACGCGGCCGCGCCGGCGCUCCAGACCCCCGUGUGGUGCUCCAACUGCGGCAAGCAUUUCGAGUUCCUGUCGGCGCUCAAGGAGCACCAGGACGUGUGCAAAGCGGACCCGCACCACGCCUUGAAAUGCGACGCCUGCGACAAGAAGUUCAAGAGCAUCACCAUGCUCAAGGUGCACCAGAGGAUCCACGACCCGCUCUACUGCAAGGAGUGCGGCAAGAUCCUGGCCAACGCCGCCGCCUUCGAGAGGCACAAGCUGAUGCACCAGCCCAUGGCGUGCACCAUGUGCGACAAGAGCUUCACGCUGAUGCGGCGCCUGCGCGAGCACUACGAGCGCCAGCACGCCUUCACCGGGCCGUACCCGUGCACGCAGUGCGACAAGAGCUUCGUGCAGCUCUCCUACCUGGCCGUCCACCAGCGCAUCCACAAGGGCGAGUUCCCCUUCGCCUGCGACACGUGCCCCGAGCGGUUCCGCUCGUCCAACUGCCUGACGGUGCACCAGCGCAAGCACACGGGCGAGAGGCCCUUCCUGUGCUGGCAGUGCGGCAAGAGCUACCGCUCGGCGUCGGAGCUCACCGUGCACAUGGGCACCCACUCGGAGGAGCGGCCCUGGGCGUGCGCGCAGUGCCAGGCGGCCUUCCGCACCAAGCCGCAGCUCACCAACCACGUGGAGCAGGUGCACAUCGGCGUGCGCUACCCGUGCGCCACCUGCGGCAAGCAGUUCAUGAAGGAGGCGUCGCUCAAGCGCCACGAGCUCACCCACACGGGCGAGCGGCCCUUCCAGUGCACCGUGUGCGGCAAGACCUUCCUGACCGCCAACGAGCUGCGGCUGCACAACCGCUACCACACGGGCGAGCGGCCCUACAAGUGCGGCCUGUGCGGCAAGGCCUUCAUCCAGUCGGGCUACCUCAAGUCGCACAUGCGCAUCCACACGGGCGAGAAGCCCUUCCAGUGCGACGUGUGCCACAAGAGCUUCCGGCUGUCCUUCCACAGGAAGAAGCACCAGCGCACGCACGCCGGCAAGGUCAAGAGCUACCCCUGCGAGCAGUGCGACGCCGCCUUCCCCCACAAGAAGGCGCUGUGGGAGCACGCCGUCACGCACCAGGUCAAGCUGGAGCAAAGUUUUACGCAGGUCAGGGUAGAGUUCCAGUGACGGGAGACGCGCCGGCCGGAAUCGCACCCGCGCUUCGGUCUCUGUCGAGCUGUAAUGUUUUGAAUAAAGAAACCAAAUACGGGAAUGAACUUUUCUUUGUAUUCACACU